GUUUCCCACAAUCCUCUAGGAGGAAGGCGGGAUGAAGAUGAUGGAGGUGCAGAGGGGGAGAGAAAAUGACCCCCUACCACCACCCAGAGGGAAAGGAGCGCCAGGCUAGACUCCCCUUUCUCUCCCACCCCACAGCAAGCCAAUUCUCCCCCACUCCCGUCAUCUCCCUGGGAGAGAGAAUAUUACAUAUAAUUGCUGGACUGUCGCCUUUUUAAAACAUCUAGGCUACUGGGUACCAGUUCCCUUUGUCUCCUUUGUGUGCGUGUGCAUUUGUCUGUAGACCGAGCAGCGGCUCCCCGGCACUGCUCCGGGGGGGGGGGCGCCUGGCGACGGGAGCGCGCCUUCUCCUCUUUGCAAUUCAUAGAAAUCCAUCACUUCCCCUCCUAAUCGUACACACACACACACACACACACACACACACACACACACACAACCACACCCCUCUCCCCAGCAAAGCAUGCGCCUUCUCAAACACUGUUUCUUUCUAAGUCUGGGAGCUUUAGAAAAAGUCCUCCCAGUUUUUCCCCUGCUCUUGAAAACCCCCCGCACCUCACUUUUUUUUAAGAAGGGGGGGGGAAUAUUCCUAAACCCAACCCCUCUCUCCCCUCCCCUCUAUUUUCCCCUCUCCCUCCCGUUCAGCACUUCGGGUUUCAGGAGAAAGCAGCGCCUCGUUGGACCAGCCGAGCUGCCUCCCAGCGCUGGCUUAGCAGCAAGCAGGGCAAGGCGUUGCUUCCACUGUGAUCUGUCAAUUUUCACAGAAAAACUCGAGCCGAGGGAAAUUGCAACUUGGCUGGUCGCCUAUGGUGCACUAGAACGCCUCUCUAGGCAACCAGGCGGGAGAAAAAUCACCAUCAAAUACAGGAAUGAAAAACCACCAGAAGUACAACAGAGGCUAACGUUUUAAAAAAUAGGUCUGGGAGGACAGAAAAGUCUUAAAACUGGCAGCGCUCGUGUCUCUGUGGGCUCUGUUAGGUGGGGCAUUCCAUAGCUAGGGACGCCGCCACCCAAAACUCGCUCUGGACUUCAGAGUGAUGGAGAACAACACAGAGAAAGGCCUCCUUAAGGUUCAGGUGAGGCACCUGGAAGCAUGGCCUGCACCGCCUCCUCCUCUGCCUCCACCAUCUUUGCCUUCUGCCUCCUGACCAUCUGCCCCACAGACUCCCUCGACCCCGGGCCCGCCGCACCUCCCAGCCUCCCUGAGGUCGGCAACAGCUUCCCGAGCCGGGAGGCCUGGCCGCACCCGAUGAUAAGGACCACGGCGCACCACCGCGGGCAUGGCGGCCUGGGCAAACACGACCGGGCCCAUUAUGGCAUGCCGGCGCCCAGAGGGGGCAGGGAGGGGCCCGGCCUGCGGGUGCUGAGCCGGCCGGCAUCGGUCGACGACCCGGGGCGGACGGACCGGCCGGCGGGCCUCCGGCAAAAGGACGUUUUCCUGGGCUUUGAGUUUCCGUAUCCUGAGCAGGAAAACCAUGCCCCUGGGUCCGAACGGGUGAAGAAGCAGAACCGUGACCACAGGCGACACAGCCGGAGAGACAGGUUGAGGCAGCACAGAGGAAAAGCUUCUGACCCGGGUCCAAGCGCCCUGUACAAGAAACCCGAAAGCUUUGAGGAGCAGCUUCAGACCCUUCACGGCGGGGAGGGGUCUUCGGCCGGCUUGCCUCCCACCUCCUUCCUGGGCCCCACGGUAAAAACAUCCACCGAGGAGCCCCCUGCCCUCCACGCAACGUCCGCCCAGCCUCGGGUGCGAGUCAGGCAGGAAGGCGACGUUAUGCCCACCCUGGACAUGACGCUCUUUGACUGGACUGACUACGAAGAUCUCCGGCCGGAUAUGUGGCCUUCAAUCCGGAAGAAAGACAAACAGCGUGGUAAGAACGGGGGCAACGAAACCACCCCCGCCGAGGGAGAGUCCUGCGACCAUCACCUCGACUGCCUCCCAGGAUGUUGCUGUGAUCUACGGGAGCACCUUUGCAAACCCCACAACCGCGGCCUUAACAACAAAUGCUACGAUGACUGUAUGUGCACAGAAGGCCUACGCUGCUACGCCAAAUUUCACCGCAACCGCAGGGUGACCCGGCGAAAAGGCCGCUGUGUGGAGCCGGAGUCCGCUGAUGGAGAUCAAGGAUCCUUUAUUAAUGUCUAGAAGGGUACCAGGCUGCUUUCUCUGGGCCUGGAAGCAGGAGGGAUUAAUUUAUAACUAGUGUCACCCGGGAGGGACACGGACCAAAUGACUCAGACACUGUGGGCUAAGCUGGGAUUGAGACAAGUGCGUAACAGGGGCAGGUUUUCAAAAUUCAGUUGCAGUGGGCUGGGGCACACAGCCCUUCCAACUCAUCGAUUCUACGCUGCUAUGAAAUCCGGAGGCACAAUUCUACAUCUCCCCAAAGGAUUUAGCAGAUUUGGUCUGCUAAAAUUAAGAAUUAAACACUCCCAAGAGGAGCUUGCUGGAGUAUGCCUGUUGCUGCUCUUUCUGAGUCGCUGUUCCUGGCGGAGAGUCCCCUCUUUAUUGGAGGCAGACUCCUCUGGGAGUGUCUGUAUCGGGAGCGAUUGACUACUAUAAGCACACACACAUACACACUCAGUGAGCCAUGGGGCAGAACGAUAAACUUUUGUUGGAAGCGAGAGCAAGGAAUCAGCAAGGGUUGCACCCCUCUCGUGUCAACUGGGAAGUCUGGAGCGAGGAGUAAAUCCUGCAGCCUGAGCUGUCUGCUGCAGGUCUGCUCCUUUGAGACUUUGGCUUGUAUACAGUUGGGCGUACUGACUGGGGUGUAUGUACCAGAACAAAGAGACACCUCAUAUACAUGUGCAGGGACCCAAUCCAAGCCAGGCACUGUUAUAACUGCACCAAUCUGUGCAAAGGACCCCAAAUUCAGAAGGACACAGACAUCACUCAAACGAAGCACCACGAGAAUCUGAAUUUCACACCUCGUGCAUUUGAUCAAGCCAAUUCCUAGUACUUUUGCUUAUUAUCCAUUCGUCUGCACACAUCAAUUUGCUUCUGCUUCCUGUCAGUUGAGAGAAGGUCUGCAAAGUCCUGCCCCAUCUCUUCACCCAGAGGUUCCUGUUCAUUGCCAAGCUUACCUCCAUCAGGUCUAGAAACUUGAAUCCCAGCAGCCAUGGCAUGGCUUAUGAGCACCUGGGUCUUAACUUCCUCCCUCCUUCUCAUCCAGGACAUUGUCUCUUUUUUAAAAUCAAUGAAUCAUUCCCUGCCGGCUUUCAGCGUCUAAUUCAUUUGGUUAGCACCCUCCAAUCUCAGUUAUUUAUCAUUAUUUUAGGAGGAGUUGGGGGGGGUCCUUUGGUGGGGGAAGGGGGGGAUAUUUGCCACGUGAAGAGCAUAAGAACGUUUCUGGUUGCAGGGAGUGGAUCGCCUCCUGUUAUCCCUUUAGUCAAUGCCGUGGUGUGCUUGCAUGUUCCUAUUUUGAUGAGAUGUAAAUAAAGAGAUAGUUAUCCUUCACACAA